CAGCCAAGGUGCUACAUCCACCGCGAUCUUCUGGUCGAUGUGUCAUAUGCACGAUCAGUCGACGCAGAACAGAAACAGAAGACAAGAUGGUCCGGGGUGGCGGAGACUCGUGCUGCAGCACGGAUAUAAGGGCCAGGUGAGAUGGGCGGGGGAGGGCAGGUGCAUUCUCCCCGGCAUCUUUUCUACCGCUCCCUCCUCUUCCCACCUACAUCCACCCUCACGUCGACGAUGUUCUGCGCUGCCCUUGUCCUUGCUGCCUCCCUCGCUGUCGUCAGCGUACACGCCGCGGAGACCGACCCCCAAACUGGCGAUGUGUUCUUCUUCGCACCCGGCCUCGGCGCAUGCGGCUACACCAACACGUCCGACCAGGCCGUCGCGUCCGUCUCCCAGAACUUCUUCAACAACUACCCGAACGCGACCGCGAACCCGAACGACAACCCGAUCUGCGCACACAACCUGACCGUCACCGUCGGCAACACGUCCGUCUCCGCGCAGAUCGUCGACUACUUCCUCUCCGGGUUCUCCGACACGUCCAUCGGCCUCUCGCAGAGCGCGUUCCAGACCGUCGCCAACACGUCCAACGGCGUCGUGAGCAACGUGACGUGGGUCGUGGACCCGCUGCCGACGAACUCAUCUUCGUCUUAAUCAAGCUGUCAGUAUGGACGGUUUCGGAAAGGCGGGGUGAGAUAUGGACUCGUGUUCGGACCAUAUGUGACAAUCUCGGGCACUUUUGGUAGUUUCUUGGGGACGAACAAUAGGCUAGUACAUACGAUAUCUCGGACAUGGCAUGUACGAACAUUGCUAGGGAUUGUAUGUUUGCGUGUACCUACCUUGACGAACUUAAAACACAAC